UUGUGGGGACCCGAUCAGUGAAGUCAGUGCAGCCUCAGGUGGCAGGCCCUGUUUUACAAGGUGCCGCUCUCGCCUCCCCCCACAGCCCAAAGUGAAGAACACCGUGCGCUGAGGAAUACGCAACUUGGAGCUGAACUUCACAGGACAUUUACCAAAGGCUCCGAUUUUAAACUGGAUAACAUUCAGUGUUUCCACCCCCUCCCCUCUAUGGCAUUUUACAGGGAGGACAGCCAGGAGGACGCACAGGAGUGUCCAGUGUGCUAUGAGUGUCUGUCGGGCACCGAGAGGACCCUGAGCUGCGGACAUGUGUUCUGCCACGACUGCCUGGUCAAAACGCUGGUCAGCAUCAACGGCGAUGGGAAGAUCAGGGACACGAUCAUUUGCCCCGUCUGUCGACACCUGACGUUCAUCAGGAAGCAGAAGGAAGCGCUGGUGUCCCUCGCGGCGGACAAGACUCCGCAUGAGGCGCAGACCCUGGAGGUGCCCCUGCCGCGGCCGCCGGGGCAGCUCCCGAGCGCACGGCGCACCCCCGGGGCCCCUUUGCCGAGGGGGGCGAACUGGAUCGCUCGCUGCUUCAGGGGGAUCUCGGAGCGAGCCCGUCGACAGAGGCUGAUCAGCCCCGGCUACAACGCAUCUCAGAUCUUCAUCAUCAGCGCCGAGGGGCGACCCAUGGUGGAGGAUGAUGCACGCAGGGUUGUGAUGACUGCGGUUCGGCCGCAGCACAGGCGAAGGCGCAGGGUUUGCACGACCGCACGAUGCCUGGUCGUUCUGCUGUCGGCGUUUACUCUCCUCGCACUGGUGGCUGCAACUUUACCCUGGAUUUUAUUGGCAUAACGCAGCGACUAUUGACUGGUUAACGAAGUGCCAAUAAGGAGUGAUGAACUGUUAUUUAAAAAAAACCCCUCUCGGUUGAAUCCACAAAUUCAACAUCAUCCAUAUGCAAUGAAGUGUGUGACAUGAGUUUAUUUGUAUUACUGGUCAAAUGAAUCCAAAUUGAUACAUGUACAAUUCAGAUGAUCUUUCUGGGUUUUAAGAUAUCACCAGGCAUUGUCAUCUCCCCACUUGCAACUUAAGGAAAAUUUAGGAAGUUUACUGGCGUGCCACCUGUUUUAUGUGAAUCACCAGGCAACAGUCUAAAGUAAAACCAAGGUUAGGAAAGCCUAGACAACUCAAGCCUUUUGUUUUGCAUUCCUGUCUGUGACAAGUGCUGCCUGUUUCAUAAGGAGCCAACAUGCAGGGAUGUGUAACAACUUCAGAGAACAUCCCAGGACAUUCUUGAGGUCUGACUUAAACAACCAGAAAUGGAAUAAGACGAUUUAACAUUAUUGAUGGUCAUUGGAUGCUGGAUUCCAAGCAGCAGGCCAUGGAUUUGUGGGAAGAAAAAAAUGCACUAUACCACCACACAACACUUUCAACAGCUUUGUGUGUUGGCACAUUUCACCAAAAGAAAAGCGAUUAGACAUGAGCUGGAUCUGACAAGGGAGCAAAGUGUGGUAAAGACCAUGUUAAAACAUUCAGGCUAUCCUCUCUCCCUCUUACAUCACAACGUACAGGUUGUCCGAAAUUUAAUGGAACAUCAUCUCAUCAUUUCCAUUUCAUGCGGUAAUCUUACACAUGCAAAUCAAAUGGAACGGUGUCUAAUAACUGGAUGGAGUUAAUGGUUGUAUCAGGAUCUUCAUCCCUUACACCAUGUGACAGGCUUCCCAUGUGGUGUGUUCAAAGACGCUGUUAACAGAGUCGCCUUUAGAGUCGAAAUAAUUGAUGUCCCCAGUCUGAAGGAGGCUGGUAAAGAUGAGCUGAGCCUGGUUGAUUGCUGUAAGGAGACACGCUGCUGGACUGUAGCAUUAGAUUACCCCUAAAAACAUAUAUAAACAGUAGAGAGUUUAAUUUAGUCAUGAAUGAUGAGAUGAUGUGUGUUUUCAUAGAAAUCAAUCUGUCAGUUGGUCUUAAUCUAAGAGUUAAUUCGUGGUUCAACAUAUUUCAACAUACGUAACAGACUAACCGUGUCUCACUGAGCCUGUAUGGGGGGGGGGGAGGAUCCAAACAAAAGAGGGACUCAUUCUCAGAGUGUCACCACCACCCUGUCAAACCUGGACACUCCUAGUUUCCUCCUCACUCAACCAUCCUGCCGGGCCAGUCCCACAGGUUACACUUUCGAAAAGGCCUCUGCUGUUUCAGCCCUGCCAGGUUUCUGCUUAAUCAAUUUGUUGAGUCAGACUUUUUCAUCACAGCCCUGUUUUGGACUUUCAGGACCCAGAUUAACCCCCCCAAGGCCAGAGGAGGCGAUGGGUGAAAAGAGAAUAAAGGCAGGAAUUAAAUCAGGUCGAAUUAUGCAAUAUGCUGCUGCGAUUAAACCUAUACCUAAACUUUUGGCAGUAUUCUUCAGUAAAAGUACCAGUAACACAGUGUACAAAUACUCCAUCACAUGUAAUGUGAUGAAGUCUUUCAUGUCCGGAUGUGAAUGAAUGUUGAUGGGUGUGGGAAAGCCCAAAAUGCUGUUAAUGUUGAUUUGUUUAUUUAUUUAGUGUGGCUCUCCUAAAUUGAGCCAACAUCGCUCACAACCCAAAACUGAAGGCGAGCGGUUUCUGUGUUCAUCUGCAUUUCCUUGUUCAAUCUUCAUUGUACGAGUUGGAUAAAGGAACAAGUUGACCUGAGUUGUCCUGAAUUGCAUCGUAUGUCUUCAUUCGAUGCCAGAACAAGAUCACACCCAUCAAUCAGGAAAUCAGGAAAUAACCCCCUUAAAAUGAAAAUGUUUCAAUGUACAACAUGAACAACUGGAAUUAUACUUCAUGCAUGGAGUGAAAAUGUAACAAUGUCUAAAUCAUAAACUGUGUAUAAAGAUGGGAGACAUGACUUCUUCCCAAAUGUGAAGCCAAAGCAUCUCCAUUGCCUCCUGGUGUCUGGCAGCAGUAUAGGUCAUUGACCCCACCUCGUUCAUGUCAGUGGCUGGGACAUGGACCAAAUAAAAAAGCCAAAGUACACAUCAAAAAUAUGUUUAUAGUUUUUGAUAGUUAUCACACAGACCUAUAUUCGAGUGCUAAAUUUUCAAAUAGGUAUUGUUUGAAUUUGAUAUUUGAUGCUAUCGAAAUGAGGUCAUGUGUAUCAACGGGACCUCGCUUCAGUGGCUCAAUCCCCCGAUAGUUACUGCGCUGACUCUGGCUCCAAAUGCGCAAAAUAUCUGUGUUAACAUCUGGGAUAUUGUGGCUUCACUUGCAUACAGUGGGAGGAAGUCUAUGGUCUGAAUGUGGAACUGCAAACAAUAACAACUCUUUACAACAAA